AUGAAGGUACCGCUCCUAGACGGCUCUGAACAAGCAGGGGGCAGCAUCAAGUCAUGGAUGUCAAAGCAGAAUCCAGCCAAAAUAGCAGCCAUUGCUAUAUCGGUUUUCGCGGUCCUUCUGUACCUUUCUGAAUUCGCGUCCUUGUUUUCGAUAUCAGUUAUCGAGCCAGUGAGUCUUCCAGGCAGCCAAAUGGAAUCUAUAGACACCAAUAGCACGAGUCUCGUCAGAAAGCAAGUUCUGAUUGUGACCCUGUAUUCAUCGCGAGAGCAUCCUGAAUAUGUCGACAUGAAGAAUCUCACGUGGCCGAAUAAAGUCGCUUAUGCUGAACGACAUGGAUAUGGAAUAGUGGACGCGUACGACUAUCCACUCGUACAGAAGUUCAAUGGACCUGAUAUCGGAUCAAACAGACAGUACCUGAAACUCGUCAGUAUCAUAUCCGCACUAGAAGACACGUCACGACCAGACUGGAUCUUAUGGACGGACUCUGACUCCAUCUUCUUAAACUUUUCGAAAACUGUGGACGAGCAUUUAGAUGAACGCUAUAAUUUGAUUCUGAAUGGGUGUGGGAAGCCUCCGCUUUUCUGGAAGGUGAUAAAUUCCGGUGUGAUGUUCAUCAAAAACACACCCUUCUCGCGUGAUUUCUUCACAUACCUAUGGCAGCACGCGCUGAUACACCCAAACGAGUGCCCAAAAGACAAGAAUGGACAUAGCGUCGACGACACGCAUCCGUUGGGAGUCAUGAAUGGGUGGCUGCACUUCUGUAACGGUGGGAAUGUAUGGCUGAAUGAUCAGGGGCUGAUUAUGCUGACGUUGCGUGUUUCGCCGAGAGAGUUGUUAUGGCAUUAUCCAAGUAGAAAUGACUCAUUGGACUGUCAUGUGAAAUAUGUUGGGAAUAGAGAUUUCAAUAGUGUGCCAGGCUGGUACCUGCCAGGAGACUUUAUAAUACAUCUGCCAGGAAAACAACACGAGGAACGAGUAAAAAUAUUCAAAGAAUUCCUCCGACUCACGGACUUUAACAAUGGAUCUCUGGACUACAUGCUGUCACAAGAUUUGAUUCUGAAACCGAACUUCUUUUAUGCUGCUGAUGUUACUCCUGAUCCAAGUGAUUGGACUGACGAUUGGGAAGGGAAGCAUGGAUGGAAUUAUACUGAAGCGCCUUGUCAGGAAAAUCUGGUCUAA